CUCGAAGCUUCUGCCCUCUUCCCACCCUGCGGCUGCCCCCACCGGCACCUUUCCAGAGGUGGAGAAAUUGAAGCUUAGAGCUUUUAGCUAAUUUCCCAAGGCCACACAGGUCCCUCUCGGUUCUUGCUCCGAUCCUGUUUUCUGCAUUCUGACUCCUGGCUCAUCGUCUCCUGCAGCUUUACUCAUCUCCGGUCUCAUUGACCAUCUACGGAGUUAGUACCUCAUUACCGAUUGUCCAAGUGGGAACACUAACUUCAGGGUGGAGCAUUAGAACAACGGGUUUCUUCAUUCGCCACUCCUCAAGAUCAUGGAAGAUUUAGAGGAAAUAUUAUUUGAAGAAUUUGAGAACUACUCCUAUCCCACAGAAUAUUACACGCCAGAGUCUGAUUUGGAAGAGAAAGUACCCCUGGGAGUCAUUCACUGGGUCUCCCUGGUGUUAUACUGUUUAGCAUUCAUCCUGGGCAUUCCAGGAAAUGCCAUUGUCAUUUGGUUCAUGGGUUUCAAGUGGAAAAAGACAGUCACCACUCUCUGGUUUCUCAAUCUGGCCAUUGCAGAUUUCAUUUUUCUUCUCUUCUUGCCUCUGUAUAUCUCCUAUGUGGCCAUGAAUUUCCACUGGCCUUUUGGCAUCUGGUUGUGCAAGGCCAAUUCCUUCAUUGCCCAACUGAACAUGUUUGCCAGUGUUUAUUUCCUGACGGUGAUUAGCCUGGACCGCUAUGUACACUUGAUCCACCCUGUCGUAGCUCAUCGGCACCGAACCCUAAGGAACGCUCAGAUUGUUAUUAUACUCGUGUGGCUUUUGGCUUCUAUAAUGGGUGGUCCGUCCCUAUACUUCCGGGACACUGAGGAGUUGAAUAACCACACUAUUUGCUAUAACAAUUUCCACAAGCAUGAUCCUGACCUCGCUUUGAUGAGGCACCAUGUUCUGACCUGGGUGAAAUUUAUCAUUGGGUACCUCUCCCCUUUACUAACAAUGAGCAUUUGCUACUUGUGUCUCAUCUUCAAGGUAAAGAAGCGCAGCAACCUGGUCUCUAAUAAGUAUUUCUGGACCAUUCUAGCUGUGGUCCUGGCCUUUUUUAUUUGCUGGACUCCUUAUCACCUGUUCAGCAUUGGGGAGCUCACAAUUCACCACAAUAGCUAUUUCCACCAUGUGCUGCGGGCUGGAAUCCCCCUCUCCACGGCCUUGGCAUUCCUCAAUAGUUGCUUGAAUCCCAUCCUUUAUGUCCUAAUUAGUAAGAAGUUCCAAGCGCGCUUUCGCGCCUCGGUUGCUGAGAUACUAAAGUACACGCUGUGGGAAGUCAGCUGUUCUGGCACGGUGGGAGAACAGCUUAGGAACUCUGAAACCAAGAACUCGUGUCUCCUGGAAACAGCCCAGUGAAAUACUGCUCUUCCACAAAUCAGUAUAAGGCUUUUGUAUGGGUCUCCUGACCAUGCUUUCAGAUGAUUUGAUCCCAAGACACAGAGCCAACUGUAGUGUUUUGUUGUUGUUUUUGGUCUGUUUGUUGGCAUCACAUUCUUGUGUGGAUAUAGCAUUUAGGAGGGAUCUUCAUUUUUUCCCUGCUACUUAAAUUAUGUGUCAUUCUUACUAAUUAUACUAUAGUAGAUUAAUCACAGUUGU